GUAGCAUUCUCCCUCUCUUGCACCAUUAGCUGAAUUGGGAACAUAUAGGGCGCAUCACUAUUUUUACUAAAACUUUUCACUGAGCGCCACAGAAUGGUUUGCCCUGACAAUCCCGACAUCAGCAAGGCCUCCGAUAUUGGCCUGUUCCGUGUCGUGCACCAGCUCGGGAUGAAGACCAGAGGGAUUUAUGGCUUGCUGGUUAGCUUCCAUUGUAUAAAUGAAUCUUUCGUUAUUUUCUUGUGGCAAGAGCUGGCUUCCGACGCAUUCAAUCAGGCCUUGAGCACGUUCCCAGUAAAGCGACAAAGUGUCUCUAGGUUCGGGAGAUCUCAACGAAAAUGCCCUAUAAUUUUAAGUAUUUCUCGGUUUAGAGUAGUUCGCAUGUUCGUAAGACUUACAAAUAGCAUGAUGGCAAUGUGAGUAACUGUACAUGGUCAACCACUGGGUCUCGA